UUUAUGCUAUUUUGACAUUCCCUUUUGUAUGACAUUUUUUUAUAUUAAAAAGAAGGGGAGCCUUGAUAGGCACUAUACAUAGAUAAAAAAAUAGCAGCCACAACAGGAGAAACAAAGUUUUCACAGGCCAAAACAAAGAAACAUCAUACAUGAAAAAUUGUACGAGCGUAAAAAAACUCAAAACAUUGGAGUAAUUCAUUAAGGUGCUUUUCUUCCGCUGUGACCCACAGGCAUGUCUUAUCUUUAAUAUUUUGUAGCACUCUCACAUUUGUCGACUCUUCGUGCUCGAAGACCCCUACAUUCUUUUUCGUCCAAAUUUCCCAACAAACAAGCAUGAUCAGUGAGCGUAAACCUUUCUUGGGCACACUGUAUGUCUGAUCCAUAACCGUCCACCAUUUGUGGACCUGGACCAUGUCACUAUCCCCAGUUGUUUGGGCAUAGUUCGUCAUUUCCAGUCCAAGUCACGAGCUCCAUCCAUAAUCGCAGUAAAUAUGCAUUUUUGUGAAAAUAUGGAUGACCGUCUCAUGCGCCUGACGACAAAGAAUGCAAUUGUGCUCAUUUGGCCAUCCUUGACUCUGUAGUCUGUCAGAAGUGCAAAUUAUAUUUGGAUUGCAAGCCAACUGAAAAGCUUGCAUUUUGGUGGCGCCCAGGUUUUCCAAUUCAGUCACGAAAUUAGUUUCCACCGUCCCUCGGAAUUGUGCUCUGUAUGCUGACCCAGUGGUGUGCUGUCCAUGUUUUGUUAGCUUCCAAACUAUGGAGUUCGGCAUGCUUUGUUGAAAAUCCACACGGUUAACCUCAUGCUACAUGUGGGUGAAUUCUACCAAGUGUUGGACUUUGAAUCCUCCAUUUUGAAGAUUGACGUCACAUAUCCAAUUGCUGUUCUGGAGAGCCGAAUAUAAUGUCCUGUUUAUUUUGGAGAUCAUGAAAAGGCUGAGUGCAAAGUCGCAAGGUUGUUAUCCUUGCACCCAUGCUCUGUGCCAGAAUGAAAUUUUCCUACCAUCAUCAAUAUUUGCAGAAGUUGCAGCUGCAAAGAGAAGCUUAUCAGUUUUAUCGCACGGAAUGUCGUGUCCGAUCCAUGGUUUUGAGUCCUCAGACCACUCUGGCCAAAGCCACCGUAACCUAAGAGCUCUUGCAAAUUUCCUGUGGUGAAGUAUCCCGAGUCCUCCAAAGAUUUUUGACCUGGUCGAUCCAGGCCAGUUUACUUUACAUUUCCCUCCUGUGAGCUUCUCUGCCCCACCCAGAGAAACUGUUUUUUCUUUCCAUCAAUUUUGUCUAAAGCAGCCUUUCAAGUGUGUAGGGAGGUAAGGAAGUAAACUGCCAGUGAGGUGAGAACCGAUUUCACAAGGGUCAGACGUCCUGCUGGAUUUACCUGUGAGUUUGUCUAUCGCUUUGUCAACCAAAGGCUGGAAAUCAACAUGUUGAGGUAGCUUAGUGGUAAGUGGUAGCACCAGGUCAGAUCGUGGGAUGGAAGUUGAAGGCAUUCCCAGUUGAUGUCCAAUUGACGCAUUGGGGGGCGGCUCAUGAUGCCUUGAAGUGAUCUUGAGUUAUUUUUGCUUUGUGCUCAUAAUUAACUGCCCAACAUUGUUCUGGCGCAAGCAUUCAAUGUGGUUCUUUCUUCUUGCAUUCACUUCGCGGUGGAAAACUUUUGCAUUCACAUUCCCAAGCCUAAGGUUUGUUAAACGGGGCACCUGCUUGCUUCACACCCUUUCUAUUACGGUAAGGCCGAGGACUCGCUUCUUAAGCUUUGCCCUUAGGUUACUCUCAGCUAAGUUUAUCACCCUGCUCUUCUGGGCCACGUCAAGGCUAAUGAUCACUUCUGGUGCCAUGUGGAAUUGAUUUUUCAUGUCCGAAAAUAAACAUUUGCUCCAGCUUUGGAGGUGAUUAGCAGCUUGUGAUAUAAGAUAUGGAACGACUCAUAAUGCUCUGACGGGGCAUGCAAAGCUGAAAAAAAACUCGGCCGGGGAGGGAAAGACUGCCCUCCCGGUAUUAUAUUAAGAAGAGACCGAAACAAUGGUCCCGGCCGAGAAAAUCCCCGAACCCUGGCCCCCCAUCACUAACGGGUCGGCGUCAACUGUUCACUCUGCAACGGCCCAACCGGAGGGUGGCGCACAGGACAUCGUAACUCGAGAGCGGAUGGGGCACAGCGAGGGGAUUUUUUUAACCAAGCCUGAAAAUUCGCUCCCGAGGGGAAUCGAACCCAGGACUUGGAGGUGCUACUCGGAAGUCCUCAACCACUAGGCUAGAGGCCCUUUCGCUCAUGCAAAGCUGAAGGAUCGCGGUUUGAAAGCCUGGGAGCUUUAUCCAAAAAUUCUCGAACUUAAAGGUUUUUGGUCGCCUUGGUACACUUUGAUAAGAAAGCAGUAGAAGGCAGUGGUCCAAUAAAGUUGUCAAGAGGGCAUGGAGGACAUGUGAACUGAAGAUUGCAUCCCAUCCCACAGUGCAAAUUUUUUGAUCUAGUCCCAUUAAAGUUGGGUUGCGUCUCUCACCGUUCCAAGUGAACUUACGGAUUUGAAGCUUUGUAAAUGAGAUUGGAGUUGCUCAUAACGAGACAUUUGAUACUAUCCACAGGUUUUAGGGAUCUCAGCUACCCAAGAAAGAGAUGCUUGUUGCUACGUUUGUCUCAUGUGGCAUGCUUAGAAAUUUGCAGGUGAGGUACCGCUCAAGCUACACUGGUAGCUUUCCACACUGGAUACGGGAACUGGACUCCCCAAGAGAAGCUUCUCUGCUUAAACAGAUCUAUAAAAGCGAUCCAGAAAGAGUUGUACAAAUCUUUGAAAGGCACCCUUCAUUGCAUUCCAACUCUGCUGCUCUUUCUGAGUACAUAAAAGCUCUUGCCAGUCUUGACAGGCUGGAGGAUAGCCCCUUGCUCAAAACAUUGCAGAGAGGAUUUGCUACUUCAGCAGCUGAGGAAGAAAGAAGUACUGGUCUUGCUGCUUUCGGGAGUGUGGGUCGGCGGACGAAAGAUGGAGCUCUUGGUACAGCGAAUGCACCUAUUCACAUGGUUACUGCUGGAACCGGUCAAUUUAAGGAGCAACUUUGGAAGACCUUCCGAAGCGUUGCACUUACUUUCCUUGUGAUCUCCGGCAUUGGAGCUCUCCUUGAAGACAGGGGAAUUAGUAAAGGGCUUGGAUUGAACGAAGAGGUUCGGCCCAACAUGGAUUCGAAGACAAAGUUCAGUGAUGUCAAGGGAGUUGACGAAGCUAAAGCUGAACUUGAGGAAAUUGUUCACUACCUACGAGAUCCUAAGCGUUUUACAUGCCUUGGUGGAAAGCUUCCUAAAGGUGUUUUGCUGGUGGGACCACCUGGAACUGGAAAAACUAUGCUGGCAAGGGCUAUAGCUGGGGAAGCUGGUGUUCCUUUCUUCUCAUGCAGCGGUAGUGAAUUUGAGGAGAUGUUUGUGGGUGUCGGGGCUAAAAGAGUGAGGGACCUGUUCAAUGCAGCAAAAAAAUGUUCUCCUUGUAUAAUAUUCAUUGAUGAGAUUGACGCGAUUGGUGGGAGCAGAAAUCCCAAGGAUCAACAAUACAUGAAGAUGACCUUGAAUCAGUUGCUUGUUGAACUAGAUGGCUUUAAGCAGAAUGGCGGGGUCAUUGUCAUUGCUGCCACUAACUUCCCUCAGUCACUUGACAAGGCGCUUGUUAGGCCUGGGCGCUUCGACCGUCAUAUUGUGGUUCCUAAUCCAGAUGUUGAGGGCCGGCGGCAGAUCCUGGAGGCUCAUAUGUCAAAGGUUUUAAGAGCUGAUGAUGUGGAUCUGAUGAUCAUUGCAAGGGGAACUCCUGGUUUCUCAGGUGCAGAUCUUGCGAACUUGGUGAAUGUAGCUGCUCUGAAGGCCGCUAUGGAUGAAGCAAAAGCUGUUACGAUGCAGGACCUUGAAUAUGCGAAGGACAGGAUCAUGAUGGGCAGUGAGCGCAAAUCAGCAGUUAUAUCUGAUGAAUCCAGGAAGAUUACUGCGUAUCACGAGGGAGGGCAUGCCCUUGUUGCGAUCCACACAGAGGGCGCUCACCCUGUUCACAAGGCUACAAUUGUUCCGAGGGGAGUUUCUCUUGGUAUGGUUAUACAGCUCCCAGAGAAGGACCAGCAUAGCGUUUCAAGAAAGCAGAUGCUGGCGAGGCUGGAUGUGUGCAUGGGAGGAAGAGUGGCUGAGGAGCUUAUAUUUGGGGAAAGCGAGGUAACCACCGGUUCCUCGUCUGACCUAAACUACGCGACUAGGCUGGCAAGAGCCAUGGUGACCAAGUAUGGUAUGAGUAAGCGUGUGGGUCUUGUUUCCUACAGUGAGAAUAGUGUUAGCGGCCAAACAAGUGUGAUUGAUAAGGAGGUGAAGGAAAUUCUGGAGAAGGCGUACAAUAACGCAAAGGCAAUUCUGACAACUCACGAUAAGGAGCUUCAUAUGCUAGCGAACGCCCUUCUUGAGCAUGAGACACUGUCUGGAGCGCAGAUCAAGAAAUUACUGCCACAGGUGGACAAUAGUAACAAUAAGCAGAAGAAGGCUGCCAAGGUGCCGCAGAAGACACCGGCAGCCAGAGCCAAGGGAGUUGCACAAGAGGCGGCAGGGAAAGCCAAGGGAGUUGCAGGUACAGCAGCGGUGGCACAAGAAGCGGCAACAGCGAACACCGAGGGAGGUGCAGGUACAGCAGCGGUGCCACAAGAAGCGGCAACGUCGGUGGCAGCGAAAGCCAAGGGAGUUGCCGGUACAGCGGCGGCCGCACAAGAAGCGGCAACAGCAAACACCGAGGGAGGUGCAGGUACAGCAGCGGCGCCACAAGAAGCGGCAACGUCGGUGGCAGCGAAAGCCAAGGGAGUUGCCGGUACAGCGGCGGCGGCACAAGAAGCGGCAACAGCAAACACCGAGGGAGGUGCAGGUACAGCAGCGGCGCCACAAGAAGCGGCAACAGCAAACACCGAGGGAGGUGCAGGUACAGCAGCGGCGCCACAAGAAGCGGCAACGUCGGUGGCAGCGAAAGCCAAGGGAGUUGCCGGUACAGCGGCGGCGGCACAAGAAGCGGCAACAGCAAACACCGAGGGAGGUGCAGGUACAGCAGCGGCGCCACAAGAAGCGGCAACAGCAAACACCGAGGGAGGUGCAGGUACAGCAGCGGCGCCACAAGAAGCGGCAACGUCGGUGGCAGCGAAAGCCAAGGGAGUUGCCGGUACAGCGGCGGCGGCACAAGAAGCGGCAACAGCAAACACCGAGGGAGUUGCAGGUACAGCAGCGGCGCCACAAGAAGCGGCAACGUCGGUGGCAGCGAAAGCCAAGGGAGUUGCCGGUACAGCGGCGGUGGCACAAGAAGCGGCAACAGCAAACACCGAGGGAGUUGCAGGUGUUGGCUCAUAGUGGCAUUGGGGAGAAGCACAAGUCAGCGUUUUGUGCAGCCCCAACUAGAUGAGCACCAAGUGUGAUUAGGGCAACAAUGUGUUUGGUUUCCAACCCUAGAUGAUCGCGGAAUUGUACUGGAAUGGAACACUAAGCAUCGAGAAUACUAAUCCUUUCGUCCAUGUUUCACAUGAUAUAUUCUCUGAAACAACGUUUGGAAA